UAAAGAUCCGCCUUGGGCCUAUAAACUCGAGAGCCAUGAGCUGCAAGCCCCCGAUCUCUCCUGCUUUGUGACAUUGUGCUGUGCCUUCUAGAGUCCAUUUUUUGUCUGCUAUUGUCCUCUCCUCUUCGGUCUCACGAGUCUUCACCCCCAAAACCCUCUCCUUUCCUUGGUGCGGCUGCACGAACCUCUCCAGGUCGCCACCUCGGGAUCGCCUCCAAGAUCCGGCUCUGAUCUCCGCGGCGAAUAAUUUAGCCCAUCCUCGUCAAAACCCGCCUCGCGAUCGCCCUAUUGCUCUUGAUCUGUUUAUCUGCAGUCAAAAGGAAUAUAACAGAACUUCAUCAUUGAGCAGCAGUAUGCCGUGGACUCCCAUGUAUUCGACGAAAUACAGUAGCCGAAAGUGUGUUCACCUUGCUGCAUUUUUCCGAGUGAUUGUGUAAGCUGCUGCAUUUACAGAACACUGGUUUUCCCUUUUGGUGGUUCUCUGUAAUUGAUUCACUGGGUGUGAAAAGGUUGAGAAUGUAUGUUAAGACAGAGCUUAGGAGAUUCCGCGUUGUGAAGGAAGUUGGAACAAUAGUAAUGAGCGUGAGAAUCUUUGCUUGCUAUCAGUUGAUGCAAGUGUGCCAGGCUGAGUACUUCCGUCAACUGCUUAAGCCUGUCACGUAGUCUAACCAGAGGAACACGUUUAGCUCUCAUAUCUGCUACUCUAGCUUUCGUUUGUUAUAAAGCUGCAGCAACAAAAGCAGUUGAGUCGUGAUGACAACUACCUGUGGUAGGACAUACUAAGCCUUCGCGUUGUUGUGAGCUGCAAACCUAGUGUAGAAUUUUCAUUGUUUUGGUGCAGUGUAGCUACUGCAUCAAAUCGGGUAGGAGUCCGUACUUAACUGCAUCAUUGUCCAGUAUCCGCUAUUGACCCAUGCAGAGGGAUCCGACAGCUUUCACUGGUAACCCCUCCUUUGCUUAUGGAGAUGAAGCAAACGGUUGUAUGAAAAACGGACCUUUGGGUGGUCAAUGCAGCUCCAGGGCUUCUGUUUCACCUGCCUUUGGUGUUCCUGCAGGCAUGACAGUUCCUCAACUCCCAAACCCACUUGGUGGAUUUGAGUUUCAACCUUCUAAGGUGUUCCCAAGAAAUUUCAUCAUAUUUGAUCACAAUGAGGACAAAGGGCGCAUCAUGUAUCAUCCGACCUUGGCGAACAAGCUCAACGCUGCAAACAUCAACGCUUUCCCUUCAUAUGACCAAGCCGUUUGCAGAAGUUGUGGCCAAGACAAUGGCAACCUGGAAGAAAAUUCAUCGUCUUUCAAGGAGGACACAAGAGAAAUCGACGCUCUGCUCAGCUCCAGUGAAGAAAGUGACAACGAUGAUGUUGUGAGUACGGGACGCACUCCUUACGCCUUCGAGAGUGUUUCCCUUGAUUCAUCUUCAACACUCAACUCUAAGAAAAUGAGGUAUUCUUCCGAAAAGAGUUCAGGCAUCCAUGGAUCAAUGGAAGAUGUUACUCAUGAGAGUAUGAGAAAGAUGAUCACAGUUCUUAGGGGAGUAAUCCCUGGUGCAGACCAAUUGGAUACUCCUGCUGUCUUGGAGGAAGCUGUUAGAUACCUGAAGUUCCUCAAGAUGGAGGCAAAGAAACUUGGCGUAGAUGACUUGGAUAAUUAGAGCUGGCCAAUGAUGCGGUGGUGACAGUAAAUCCAUACAAAAAUAGUAAAUUCUGAAGGCAUCACGUAUAUCUAUGGCCUUAAGCAAGCUGCUGCCAAUUUGUCAUCAUUGUUACUGGAUUGGCUUUGUGUGGGUGUGGAAGGCAAGGAAGGUAUCCUGCUUUUGCCUUUUUGUGCAGGCGCCAAAAGGAUAUGUUUCGUGGGAUUCUGAUGCUUAAUUUCUGGUAGCACGGUGUGGUUGAAUCGUGGGAGGAAGCUUUCGAUGAUGCAUUUUGUUGCCUGCCUUGCUUUUGCCGUUUGUGACAUAGCAGUCCACUUUUCGUGUGAUCGAGCAUCAUGUGGUGGGCACGUCCUAGAUCACUGGACUUUGCUCAAGAUCACUUCUGUUUGCCCUUACCUUUGUGCACUGCUUAAAUAAUGUACAUGCUUGCGUUGUUAUUGUGUGGUACAGAGCAAGAUCUUAUCAUUGUAUACUACCUUGUGAAAUGAUGAUCUUUGGCUUAGUGUGCCAAGAGGAAUGUAUCGCGCUUCAUGUGCUUUGGAAAUGUGUAAUCAUGACGAUGCUUCUCACCUUCA